AAAACAAACAAACGUCAAAACGGUUUCGAUUUGGCUUCUGCUGAACUUUGUUCCGCAUCAUGCGAUUGUAAACUUACGGUUCAGGAGUUACCCCGUUUUGUGGAGCGUCGUGAAAUGUGAAAAAUCGUGCAUAAAGUGCAUUGAACUUACACAAAACCGAUUCCAUCUUUCCUUUCAACAUUCCCGCAUAAAGACCAUUCCGGUGGCGGAAGUUGUGAUGUGCUUGCGGCCACGGCUUCUCCGCUUUAAGAUCGUUAACCGUACUGCGGGCUGAUUAUCAAGGAGGCAACGAUUCCUUAUCUAUUCCUUAUCCCGUACCACAGCCAUUCGCUUGCCUCCCGUUGCACACGUAACAUGGGUCUGAUUGGUUUGGUGUUGAUGAUUUUGGACCCUUUCAAAAUCGUACGAAACUAUGUAUUCAAACCGGUCGCUACGCUGGGCCUGGCCGCGGCCGAGGAGUACCGAGCGCGGAAGGAAAAGAGUGUGACCACUACGAAGAACGUGUUCCUGAAGCUGCUCGUCGUCGUGCUCGUCGGCUUUUCCGUCGUGUGGGCCUCCAUCUUCCUGUACCUGUACUUCUACUACUCCUACAUGCCCUCCGUUUUGCACGUGAAGGAUGUGCACCUGAACAUACGCGAAUGUCAAGAUAAUGCGUACGAUUGCAAACCUUAUCCGACGGCGAACGUUGCGCUGACUAAUCAUCAACGGUUCCUGAUGGUGGGACAGCCGUACAAGAUCGUACUGAACCUGGAAAUGCCCGAAUCUGAACACAAUGGCAUGUUCACCGUGUGCGGUACGGUUAAGGACUACGGGCACGUCGAGGUGGCGCGUUCCUGCCGCAUGUCCAUGCUGCACUACAAAUCCGACCUGCUGAAAACGAUUCUAACGUUCGUGUUUGCGCCACUGCUAGUAUUCGGUUAUCGGGAGGAGAAGCAGCUGGUAACGGUGGAGCUGUUCUCCAACUUUCUCGACGACUCGACCCAUCCCGCCACCAACAUCGACAUCACCAUCCACUGUCGGGACAUUCAGCUGUACUCGGCCCAGUUACAGGUGGUCGCGAACUUUACCGGCCUGCGGUAUCUAAUGUUUAACUGGCCCGUGUUGUCCGCGCUUAUCGGCAUCACCACGAAUCUAUUUUUCAUUCUAAUCGUCUGCGUACUGAGCUGGUACCACUGGGACGAUACGGAGUGGAUAUCGGACAUCCGGGACAGGUAUCAGCAAAUCGUGAAGGGCGUAUCGAAGGUCAAUGCUGCAAUGGAGCAAACGAAAGCGGUCAACCCGCUCAAGGACACCGACACGCCAUCGAAAGACUGGCUUCUAGACGAGGAGUGAUAUUGGUAUGGAG